AUGGAAUGGCAGCCACACACUACCCCGGCUUUGAAAGCGAACAGUACCGCCGUUGAAGACCUUCAAGCGAGGAUCAAAUCCCUCGAAGCAAUGAUGCCUGUGAACCACACUCCUCUGAGUAAGGCUCAUAACAGCGGUCAGCAGCCUGUUGGAACCAUCACGGUCAAAGGAGAUAGAUGCCGGUACUAUGGGAGCGGAUACCAAAGCGGCCUGUUCAAUCGGGUCCAGAACACAGCCAAGUCGAUGCUGCAGCCAUCAGCAGACCCGGACCUCUGGACUCUUGUAAAAGAGGUUCAGGGCUUGUGGAAGAGGCACGCUGCCGAUGCAGCCUCGGCACCGACGAGCGCGCUCGAUUCGAUGGCUCAGCUUCGAGAUCAAUUACCGGAGAAGGACGUUUGUCAUUUUCUGAUCCAGUCCUAUUUUUCCAUGUACGAGGAAAGACUGGUGGUUUUGCACAAGCCCACGUUCAUGCCACUCUUCUCUGACUUCAUGGCCAAGCUGCCUCAAAGCAGCAGUGGUAUUGAGCCACAGAUCUAUGCAGCAAUGGCAUUAGCAGCAUACCACCUGCAAUCAUCGGACCACUCUCACCGGACAGCCGCAAAGGCGUGGCUUCGUCUCAGCCCAUUUGCAGUCAUCGAGGCAUGGCUGAAGGCACUUCCAAGACGAGCCCGUGGCCAAGUAUCAAUCUUGCAGACAAGAGCCUUGAUCAUCCUCUCCCAACAGGCAAGAGGUCAACAUAUCGAGGAACAUUGGCAGGCGACGAAUGCUCUCGUCCGAUCUGCUAUGAUCUUAGGGCUCCACCGUGAUCCGGCCCAGUUCAAGUCAUUCUCUCCUCUUCAGGCUGACGUCAGACGGCGACUUUGGUGGAGUGUUGUGGAAAUGGAUCUAUGGGCCUCACUGUCUUACGGUAUGCCAGCGGCGCUAUGCCCGGAGGAUACCGACUGCAUGCCGGGUAUCCGCCCCGACGCUGUGGACCUCAGCGUGUACCUGUCGGGCUUGCCGAGAGAUUCCUGCUUCGUGAUCCAGGAUUUCCUGGCGCGGUCAUUGCUCGGGCGUCUUGCCAUCAUCAACAUCGUCAGCCACACGCUCGACGAGGCAUCUCGGACCAGACUCAAACAGCUAUGGGGCGAAGUGGAGGAGGCGAUGAAGGACUUGCCGCAUCUGGUAGAGUCAUCCACUGCACCGAUGGACACCGGUCUCAAACCCGUUGUCAUCUUCCUCAAGUCGCUUCACAGCACCUUGGUCAUCUCUGUGGAGCGCUCCCUUGCGCCCGAGUACACGCCAAACAUCACAUGCGUCCAUAGCGCCACCGAAAUCUUGUCCUGUUUGGCGCUUCUUGCACCCGGGAGCGAGGAGACGAACGCACCAGAGCCCCAACUCGGUCAGUUCCUCGUCGAGUUCAUGCACGGUAUAUACAAGGCUCUGACUCUCAUUUGCAUGCAUCUGGAUCACUUCCAAGACGUCGCCGAGACGGAGGAUUCGCCCUGGGACUCGACGAGCUUAUUCCAACUUCUCGAAGUAUCUCUUCAGAUAUUCGUAGGUAACGUGGCGUUCGAACAUACGACUUUGAAGACGAUCCUCGCUCUUAGCAUCUCCACCUCUUUGGCCCGAGCGAGAAGCAACGGCUGGGCGGAGAAGAACGUCGUGCGGGAGGGGUUGAUGGCGACGGUUGAGUCAUUGCGCAGGAGACUCUCUGACGCAACAAAGCCUGCUGAGCAGUCGGGCUCGGGAACAGCUGACGUGAGCCUUGACGAAAUCAUGAGUUUGGAGAGUGCAUUUGACACAGAGGCCGUUGUCGACUGGCCAUCAUCGGACUGGCUGCUGGAACUUGACGAGGCUUGGCUUUGA